ACUAUUUUUAUCAAAGAUUUUAGGCUAACUCUCAGAGACAACCUCUCUGCUAACUCUAUAAUCUUUGACUUUUAUGUUACAUUCUUCAGAAUGGUAGUAUUUACUUGUAAUCAUUGUGGCGAAAGUCUUCAAAAACCAAAAGUUGAAAAGCAUUACAGCUUCGUGUGUAGGAGAAAUAAAUUCUUAACAUGUGUAGAUUGUUUGAAAGACUUCAAUGGGGAAGAAUACAGUGCUCAUGUGAAAUGUAUAACAGAAGAGGAACGGUAUGCUGCCAAGGGAACUUACAAAAAUGGAAUCGUAAAGAAGGGGGAAGUGAAGCAAGAGCAAUGGUCCGAUAUGAUCAGAUCAAUUUUGAACGAUAAUACUAACUUAAAGCCCAAAUGUAAAAAUUUACUCAAUCAUAUUGUUAAUUUCACUAAUGUUCCCAGGAAGAAACCAAAAUUUAUGAAUUUUAUGAAAAAUACAAUGGGAGGCAGAGUUGAUAAUGCUACUGUUGAAGAAGUAUGGAAUGUAAUUGAAGAACAUAAGAAGAAAGUUACUCCUGUAGAAAAUAGUGUUAAAAAAACUGAAACAACUGAGUCCAAUAAUCAAAAUGGAAAUUUAAAAAGAAAAAAUACAGAAUCGGAAGACACAGACAACAAAAGCAGCAAAAAAAUCAAAUCAGUCGAUCUUUCUGAUAAAAAUGAUACUACUGAUAACGGUGAAGAUACAGCUACAACAUUCCAAAUUAAGGACGAGAUUUUGAAAGUUUUGAAUAAAAAAGGAUCAAUUUCCUUGACCAAACUGCAGAAAAAAAUAUUCAAAAAAUACAAAGCUUGUAAAGAAGAGGUAGAUUCAGAAAAAUUUGAGAAACGUUUUAAUAAGAAGCUUAAAAAAAUAUCUAAUAUUGUGAUAGAGGACGAUGUGGUUUCAAUAAAAAAUGAAUAAACAAA